AUGUGCAGCUCAGGUGGACCUCUACCAGGCAGACCUCAUCUUCACCAGAGCUCGGAAAGUAGAUCUCUGUUGGAGAUAGGAGGAGCUGCAGCUGUACAAAAAGGCUUCAAUCCUGAAGACAAGUUUCUGAAAGACAUCCAGCAUUUCUACAAAGGUGAAGCCAUCAGUGUGGACUUUUCCAUACCUGAAGUCGCUGUGCAAGAAAUCAACAAGUUAAUUGCCAAAAAGACCAAGGACAUGAUCACUGAUAUGGUCAAGAGUCUGGAUGCUGCCACUGUGAUGAUGCUCAUCAACUAUAUGUAUUUCAAAGGUAAAUGGGAAGAGGCUUUUAAAGUGGAGGACACCAGCAAAGGUGACUUUAAUGUGGAUGAGAACACCACAGUGUCUGUGGAUAUGAUGAACAGAAAUGGUGAAUAUGACUUCUACUAUGACCAGGGCAACUUUACGUCUGUUAUCAUGCUGUCAUAUAAUGGAAAUGUCUCCAUGAUGAUCGUCCUGCCUGACCAGGGAAAAAUGGAGGAGGUGGAGAAACACAUCAGCAAGGAUCACCUCAAGUACUGGAAGGACAAAGCCCACAAAACCACUUUGGACUUGUUUAUGCCCAAGUUCUCUGUCUCUGCCUCCUCCGGCCUUGGGGACACUCUGAAGGAAAUGGGAAUAGUUGAUGCAUUCUCAGACAGCACAGACUUCUCUGGAAUCAGUAAGGGGGCCAAAGUGGCUGUUUCUAAGGCUGCACUCUGGUAAAGAGUAGAAGA